AUGGCACCUUAUAAAUUUCUCCUGUUAAUAAUUUUUGGUAUCUUCGGAGUUAGAAGUCAACAAUGUGAUUUAAUCGGUUCUUUGCAAUGCAUGGCGUCUUUUUCGUCGAUUCCAAAGUUCCAAAUAUCUGCAUACACAGAGGAGUUCAAAGGAAGUCCUAAAACGCUUGUGCAAGAAAUGUGUUUAAAACUCAAAGAACUCUAUGACUGUGUUGGGGACAAGUUAUUAGGGUGUGCUCCACAGUAUCGGCUCAUUUACGAAACCGCAGUGUCGUCCGGAAGAUUUGUUUGUGGGAUUGGAAAACAAGGGUUCAUAGACCACUUCAGAUGCCUGACUACACAAACUAUGAAAAAUAAUUCGUUUAAAUGUGGUGGAAGAAUAAUAACUGUUAUUAGAGAAAUAUUCUCAAAUCCAACUUCAGUGCUGACCGACCUGGCAUCUAAAGCAGAUGAACUUUGCAUUAACUCCAAUGACACUCUGAAGUGUGUCGUCCAGUCUACAUCCGGUCAAUGUGGUACUAAUGCAGCAUCUUAUGUCCAGCAGUAUAUGGACGCCUCUGUUUCCCCUUUGAGAUCCUUCUUUUCCUGUGUUGGUGAAGUUAAAGAACCCUAUAGCACUUCAUUUGUAAAUGUUGAACCAAAGCAAAACACCGAAUACCCAUCCAUACCGCAGACAGAGAAGAAAUUUGGGUCUGAAACCAGAUUAAUAACGUCAAAACCAAUACAAAAUGCAGUCACAAACCAGAUUUCAUUAACUGAACAAGAUUCAUUAAAUACUAUGCCAAAGCCAAACCAAGCUCUGUUUUCCAGAAGGGAAUCAAAUCGCGGUAAGGUUUUAACAGAAUCAAAAAAUGUACUGGAAACGGUGUUACCUGAACAGGAACAAAGGGUUGAGCCAGAACCGUCGAAACCUGAACAGGAACUAACAAGUGAACCAGAACCGGCAAUACCUGAACAGGAACCAACAACUGAACCAGAACAGACGGUACCUGAACAGGAUCCAACAAGUACACGAGAACCGGUGUUUCCUGAACAGGAACCAACAAGUGAACCAGAACCGGCUGUAUCUGAACAGAAACCAACAAGUGAGGCA